GCACCUGCAAGAGUAGGAGCUGUGUUUCAGGAUGAAUUCACUCCAGUUGCAAUGGGCGGGUAUCCUUGCAGUCGCGACCCUCGGACUUGCCCUUCUAAUCUACGAUAUCAAGAACAGGAAAGUUCCUGCCCGGUUUGUUACCGAAGAUGCGAAUGUGAAGUUGAAGAUUGAAGAGCUAUGGCACUACCCCAUCAAAGGAUUCCGUGGCAUCCGGAUCAAUUCUGGAAAGAUUGGGCCCCAAGGCUUCGAGGAUGACCGAACCUUUUGUCUGCAGAAGAUCCAUCGUGACCCCGCGACCAAGAAGAUAACUAUGUGGGAGACAAUAUACAGCGGCUUCCAUCUGCAGAUGGUGCUCUUUGCACAAAUACUCGAAGAAGGCAAGGAUGGAAAGAACAUCAUCAUAACACGCGUUGGUCCAGAGAACCCGCACCCAGAACAUCUUGAGUGGACCGGUUCAGAGCACCAGCUCCGCAUUCCACUCCGCCCAAACGUCAAGGAUCUUGAGAAGGUCCAUCUCGAUCUCCAUGGCAGUGCGACAGAUGCGUACGACAUGGGUGACGACGUAUCCAAGUUCCUCACAAAGUACAUGGGAUUCGAGACGAAGAUGAUGUACAUCGGAAAUAAUUCGCGUGUAGUCCUAGGUUCCGGUGCGCCAAACAGUGCCAUGGCACAGGCAAGGAAAUAUCCAUAUCUAGCGCCUCUGCGCAAGCUCCUCCCGUCUCCUCUGAUAUCACCACCCGAGACCAUCACAUUUCAUGAUAUUGGCCAAUACCUUGUUGUAACCAAUGAAUCCAACGAUGAAGUGAGCUCGCGUCUGGGGGACGGCAAGCAAAUGGAUAUCCACAAGUUCCGCCCAAAUAUCAUCGUAUCCGGUAGUCCCGCACCGUACGAUGAAGACUACUGGUCACAAAUCAUAUUUCCAGGGGACAUUAAAAUGGAAUUCGGUAGCACAUGUUGGCGAUGCCAGGCCAUUACUGUGGACUACAAUACCGGUAAGAAGGCGGAAGGCGAAGAGGGACUGGUAUGGAAGAAGUUGGCAGCUGAUCGGCGAUUGGAUAAGGGGUUCAAGUACAAUCCUGUAUUUGGAAAGUACUCGUAUACAGCGAAGAAGGACUGGGGUAAGGAAAUCAAGGCUGGUGAUGAGAUCUUGUUGACGAAGAGGGUGAAGGAUCGGCCACAGUUUGAUUGGCCGCUGUCAAAAGCUAUUAUCUCCAUGUUCAAGGAGUAGUUUCGGGCGAAACUCACGUCAGGAAGUAUACUAGUCUGGUUGUUGGCCGAUAUGACAAUUGCACGUGAUAUGCUACGAGCAGGGCUAACGUUGUCUCUUUGGAUAGAUAAGUAUCUGUCUUGACAUAUUCGGAUAUGGAAAUAGUAAGGUCUAGAUGCAAUGAUAUCCUUGCUUU